AUGGCCAACACCGACAAACCCUACAAACCAGACACGAGCACUGAGUACUUCGUUUCCAAUAUUCUUCCUCUCUGCAAUGGGCCUUCCGUGACACUUCGACUGCAGCCUAGCAACAAGGAAUAUGUUGUUUCCAAACCCCUCUUGUGUGCGGUAUCACCAGUCUUCUCGGCGAUGUUCAAUGGAAAGUUCCAGGAGUCUCAACAACAGGAAGCGAGUAUUGGAGAGAUGAAAGACAUCGUCUCUGUGCUUAGCUUUCAAGCUUUCGUCCGAUGGCUAUACCAACGCACCAUCGAACUCGAUAUCGAAGACCCAGAGAAGCGCAUCUCAGCCGCCAUGGAGCUCGCGAGGCUUGGGGACAUGUACAAGAUUCAUCGACUGGAGCAGGACACGGCCUAUUACAUCAGACAGAUCUUGUUAUCCUAUCUUGAUCCAGACAAAGACGAAGUCCCACAUUGGCGGUACCCUGAAGCCAACACCGUUUACCUCAACCAUGACCACAUUGUCUCGGCAACCCUUUUGCCUCCGGGUAAUCCAGUGCGGACCCUUCUAGUCGAAGCAUGCGUUGAUGGUUUUCUUCGAGUCCCAAACCACAAGUUCAGCAAAGAGAUCAUGGAAUACCCUUCUUUCGGGGUUGAAAUCCUUCAAGUGUUAGGUCGUCUUGUACACGAACCAAGAGACGACGAUGAAAUGUUUUACUUUGCCGAUCCAAUCAGCAAAAUCUUGUUCAGAAUAGGCCGGGAUGCGAGUGUUCGUGACGAUGAUGCCUGGGCAUGGUGA